AGAAUAUUCGUUCGCCACCUUACAUUGCAGCUGUAGAGGAUGGUUUACUAACGCGUGCACCAAAAACGUCAUGCACCGAUCGGGUGAUGACACGUUACCUGUUUAUGGGCAGUUCUCAAUCCAAUGCUAUGCAGGACCAGUGCCUCGAAGUUUUGGUACCUCUGUUGCGCAGGCGGUGUCAAAUUCUCUGUGCACAGUAUGAUGCGCCGCAUCGCUAUGCUGACGAAACAGCAAAAAUGCAGCGCGAGUUGAAGUCCCUACGGCAAACUCUGGGUGCUGACCUACUUCAACACAUAAGAAUUACCUUUUACAAUGCAUACCGUGAACAUGAGUCCUCUACCAGGGCAACAGGUCAAGCGAGCAACAUUGAUUAUGACAGGCAACUCAACAUUCCUUACAUUGUUGAAGAGAUAGAGGUGCUCCAAGCAAAACUCGACGCAACAGAGGAUGAAGAUGAACAACGAGCACUGGAGGAGGACGUCACUGGAAAGAUCAUGUGGCUCUGUUGGUGUGGGAUCUGUGCGGAAGUGGACAAGCUGUUACCGAAGGUUUCGGAUUACAUUCGGAGAGAAGGAAACAUGGAGGGUUUAUCGGAAAUUUGCCACAUUAUUUUACGUGCACGGAUAGACCCCGAUGACGAUCAAAUUCACUUGCGGCGAAUCAUGCGUGAUGCAGGAGCAGGCACAUCGAAACAUCAGUUGUGGCUUGCCGCUCGGGCUGCAGAGCAAGACAAGUGGUCAGGUGUGACUAGGGACACCCCCGCUGUGGCCAACCCAGGUUCGACUCCGAGUACGAGCACUCAAACCCCCUUUACGUCCGUGGCCUAACAAACAGGGAUAUUGGUAAACAUGAUAUUAUGUCCUUCGUCCGGAAAACUCAACUCAUUGAUGACCACGUGUCAAACGGAAUGAUGUAGCCAAUAUGCACUGGCUGUGUAUACCGAGUUCCCUUGCCUCACGUUGUAAUGUUAGAUCAAGAUCGCGAUGGAAUUUCUUGUACAUGAAAGAAUCUAAGGAUCCAAGGGGUAAUUGCAAGGACCUUGGCUGUAGUACGAUCGUUGUGUACCAGUACAUGUACGAAUUGCCAUGCCCCCUUCUAGACCGACGUUCUGGACACCCUUGACACCGAGAAAAGUGCUCUCUCUCAC